UCCUUUUGAAACGAGCAAUCUUUUUGUUGUUGUUUAUAAACAAAAAGCGUAAAAAUUAUUAUUUAUCAAAUUUUUACUCUCAAAAAUGAAAUAUUCGCAGUUUUUGUUUAUUUGCCUUUUUUACUGCUUAUCGAUAAAUUGUGAGCAAUUGGUGAAAAUAGAACAAGGAUUAAUUGAGGGAACUACAAUGAAAACACGAAAUGGCAGGGAAAUUUCAAUUUUUCUUGGAAUACCCUACGCGGAACCUCCGAUUGGCGCGCGGAGGUUCAGUAAUCCUAUUCCAGCGAGAAAAUGGAAUGGAAUUCGUUUAGCGAACAGAGAAGGAAAUUUUUGUCCUCAAAUUGAAAUUAAUGGUUUAAUUGGCGAAGAAGAUUGUCUAUAUUUAAAUGUUUUUACACCACAAGUUAAUUUUAAUAAAUCCAAGCAAAUAAAUAAAAAUGAUUUAUUGCCAGUGAUGGUAAGAAUUCAUGGGGGAGGAUUUCUGGUUGGAAGCAGUAAUUUCACGUACUAUGGUCCAAAUUAUCUUCUAGACAAGGAGAUUAUUCUUGUAUCAAUCAAUUACCGUUUAGGAAUUUUAGGAUUCUUCGCCACUAAAGACUCAGUAGUCCCUGGAAAUUUUGGCUUAAAAGAUCAAGUACUGGCUCUCAAAUGGAUUAAAAGGAACAUUAAAUAUUUCGGUGGUGAUCCAAAGAGAGUUACAUUAUUCGGAGAAAGCGCCGGUGGUGCUUGUGUCGGUUUCCAUGCAAUUUCCGAUGCAUCCAAUGGAUUAUUUCAUCAAUACAUUUUCCAAAGUGGAAGUGUUUUGGGUCCAUGGGCAUUUCGUAGCAGGAGGAAUUUAAACCCUUACGUAAAACAACUCAUUAAGAAUGUUAACUGUCCAGACGGAAAUUCGACAAUAAUUCUGAAUUGUCUACGAGAGAAAAGUAUUUUUAAAUUAUUGAAUGCCGUGCCUUAUGAUGGAUUUAAUUUUUCAAAAUUAGCAUGGAUUCCUACUGAUGAAAUAGAAUCGAAAGACGCUUUUAUAACCGAUACUCCAAUGAAUCUUAUCAGGCAAAAUAAAAUUAAAGACUAUCCAUCGAUGAGCGGUAAUGUAGGUGACGAAGGUUUACCAGUUACAUUAUCUUUUUAUGCAAAUGGAAAAGAUUACCAAUCAAUGUUACUAGCACUGGAAACAUAUAUCAACUCCACUGCCUAUCAUUACACAAAAUCGAACAAUAUUGAAAAAUUUAGGAAAAUUAUCCAAAAUUUCUAUUUUAACGAAUCGGUGUUAGCCGAUAAAGAUCAGAUUCGAACAAGUUUUACGAAAUUUGUCUCCGAUUGUAGAUUCAACUAUCCCCAAGUGAUGCUCCUGGAAAAUAUGAAAAAACUUAUAAAAAGUCCAUUUUAUCUGUAUUUAUUUAACUACCGCGGUAACGAAAGUGUAGUUUCUCUGGAAAAUGGCAUAAAGGGAAAUGUUGGCGUAACGCACGGAGAAGAACUUUUGUAUCAUUUCCCUAAAGUUCCAUUAAGUGACGCAACAAAAGUAGAUCAACGAAUGAUAGACAUAAUGGUCGAUUUAUGGACAUCAUUUGCAAUUAACGGUGAACCGAAAUCGAAUCUCUUAACUGCCUCGGAUCUUUGGCAGCCAUAUAUGCGAAAUGCAACUUUUCUUCAGAUUGGAAAUCCUACAAACAACAACGAUCCGUCAAUUAGUCUAAAUCACGAUUUUUUUAACGAUCGUAUGAAUUUUUGGAAAGAGAAUUUUCCAUCCAGUCAAUUUUCAAUCUAAAUGUUUGUUUCGUUUGUACUCUUAGAAUUAAUUUAUAAAAAUCAAUUAAAAUAAAUUAUCCCAUGCAGAAAUUGAGAUUGGAAUUUUAUGGGGUCCUAGCCAGAAUUCCCUAUCUGUAGUGGGGAACUGAUUAGAGAAAAUCGUUAGAACCCAACUACUUUCAUAACGGUCGGCAGAUGGGGUAUAGACUAGAAUAUCUAGUCGGGAACUAGUAUUAAAACUAGCUGUGUGUUGAUAGGGCCCCGACUAGAAUUUUCUAGUUGACUUUUAAAAAUUAUUAUUUUUCAACUUAACCUAUUUAUAAUUAAAUUCUUCAUUCAUAUUAACAUUAUUAAUGAAUGUUGUACACGAAAAACCUGAAACUUGAGUUGAAAAAUCUCGUGCCCAUGGGGGAUCGAACCUUGGACCUUGGGGACUCCAGUCGGAUACACAUACCUCCCGGCCGUGAUAGCUUGGAAGCACCUCCGCUUAAAUAACAUCCCGUGCAGCAAUUCACCAUUUGCCCCUAUCUCUAGUAGGGCUCUCGCUAGAUUCUAACUAGAAUCUCUAGUCUAGAAAAACUAGUCGGGUUCCAAUCAAAUUCUAGUUAAAUAAUUUUUACCAGCAUUAUUUUUUAAAAAAUUUU